AUGAAGAGCUUCUUCGAAAUUGCGGCCUUUGCUGCCGGUACCCAAGCUCUUGUCACUCGUGGCGGUAGCUGCUGCUUCCAUUUAACUGCUUCUGGUGGUUCAUCUGGCUCUGUGGGUCAGCUUAGUGAUGGGCAGAACCGUAUCGGCGACAACAGUCUGUCUCCUGCAGAGUUCUGUAUCGACUCUGGUUCUAUCACUGAUGGCAAUGGCCGUGGCUGCAUAUUAACACCACCUACUACCCAGUUCCAGUGCGACGAGGGUGCCACUCCUACUCCAGGCUUCUCUAUUAACUCCCAGGGCAUGCUGGAGUUCCAGGGUAGCACCAAUUUUGUUGCCUGCGAGACUGGCCAGAACGGCGGCCUAAACAUUUAUACUACCGAAAGCUCUGAUCUCAGCCAGUGCAAGUCCAUUCAAUUGACAGCCGACUCCUGUGCACCCCCAGCUCAGACUACGACCACUCAACCGCCAGCCGCGACCACUUCGGCCACUAACAACGGAUGUGGCACUACUUUGACUUCGAACAACUUCGAAUUCCCUCACUUGAUCAUCCCCAUUGACUCGUCUUCUCCUGAUACUGCCGCUGGUACCCAGUUCAAUGGCAAAGUGACAUCGACCGUUUCGAGCAUCUUCAACUUCGACAUCCCUCAGUCAGACUCCGGCAAGACUUGCAGCUUGGUCUUCCUGUUCCCGAAUCAGGCAGACCUUCAGACCUCGUCCUUUACCUUCAGCGGCGAUGGUAAGAUCGAUUUUGCUGCGCUGUCCAGCGCUGCCACUAGUUCUACUACCUUCAACAAUGCUCCCUCGGUCUCCCAAGAUCUCGGCACAAUUACCGUCUCGCCAGGCAACUCAUACGUUGUCUCUACAUUCUCUUGCCCUGCUGGCCAGACUGUCGCUUAUGAGAUGAAGAAUGCUGGAAGCACUAAUCUUGAGUUCUUCGAGGACUUUAACCCCUCUCCGUGA